AUGUGCUUUUAUAAUCAAAAAAAAUUCACAUGCGGAGAUUGGUCGUGGUCCUCAUUCGCGCACAGGUGUAACUAUGAGUGGCGCACUGGAGAAACUUGCGGCAUGCGAUUAGUGAACAUGACAGAAUUCGAGCCUACACAAUGCCGGCUGUGCGAAAAGAUUGAUACUAAAUAUCGGCGGCGAUCAGCAGAGAUGGAUCGAUUGAACCGUUGGAAGUUGCAAGGCAGCACACUUGUUGGCCACAUUGACCGGUCUCAGAAAUUAAUACAGGCUCUUGACAGGGAGAUCUACCAGUUGCAGAGAGAAAGGGAGGACAGAAGAAGAUCUUUAUCG